AUGUUUGAUAAUCAAAUUUCGAUUGAAUUAUUUGAAUUACCAAAAGUCUACCAAGAUUUUGUUAUUAAAGAUUUAAUUGAUGAAUUUGCUAAAUGUGAUAUUCAUUCACUUUCAAGACCUAUUCAAAGAACCGUUAUAACAAUGCCAUCAACUGAUUUUACUGACCAUUUUGUUUUACUACCUCUAACAAUUUCGCAAGCAUAUGAACACUGUAUAAUCGAUCAUCCAAAAGUAUCGAGUGACAUUACUGUUUAUAUAUCUAUUGGCAAGUUAUGA